UUUAAAUUUAUCCAGACCUAUGAUGAAAACAGACAAGAAAAGCCAGAACAGGGCUGGUCAGAAUACCCUCAGAGAUCCUCUGAGAGAUCGGACCAACUUCAGGCCUCCUCUGAGCAAGCCAAGGAAUUUGAAAGUGAAGAAAAAGAAGAGUCCUUUUCCUCAUCACAAGAACAAAGUACUCAGCUCGUUAACAAAUUCUAAGAAUUCACAGUUCAAAAGUCAAUUUUCAGAAACUGAAAAUAUCUUUGCUAUGAAUCCUGAUGCACAAGAUGCUUUUCAAGAGCUUGAAGAUCAGAAGAUGUCUUUGACUAGCGAAAGUAAUUUCCUGGGCGGCUCCGCCCCAGGAGAUAACUUUGGCCAGAUAAAUUCUCUGCCUGUCUUCAAACUCUUGAGAGCUUUCAAAUUGCAACAGUAUGCCAAGAUCCUAGCUGAGCUUGGAUAUGGUACAGAAAUUUACAAGCUCUUAUUGAUGUCAGAGACCCAGAAGAAGAAUUUACUUAGCAGAAUUAAUCUUAUGCCAGGCCAUAGAGCCAAGUUUACAGAUUUUUUCAGUUCAAUUCAUCAGGCUUAUUCUCAAGAAGAGAGUAAGAACAGUCAAAACCGAGCUCAGAAGGGUCUGAAUUCAGAAACAAGCAAAAGCCCUAAUAGAGGUCCAUACUCAACCACAGUCAAGCAAUUGAGAAAAAGAAAUAAUUUAGCUAGAAAAUAUCGUGGGCUUGAUGCUGCUUCGAAAAAGAACCUUAAUGAAAAAUUCCUCCUAAAAGUUUUGGAGAGGCCUCCCAUGAAAUGCAAGAAGAGUGGAGAUGCCAUACAAAACACUGAAAAUACUCAAAACUUCAAUAAGACAAAUAUGUUUACCCCAAACGACCCUGCUUCGAUGUAUGAAAAGUAUGGACUCUCCCAUUCUUCAAAAUUUGUUAAUACCAAGAUGCAGAGAAGAAAAGAGCGAAGACGAGGGACUUCUCAUCAGAACAGAGCUAACCUCCGUACCUUAAGUAACGAUCCAAAUACAGGAUGUUACCGGAACGAGACUCCUAAUACACUUUAUGAAAUCAAGAAUCCUCAUCAUCCAAAAGUUCCAAAAAGAAGGAAUUCGAAGGCCAGACUCCAGAACAAAAAUAGGUUAUUUAAAAGAUCAGAUGUUACUCUUCGUGGUAACCCUGUUCUUGAGAACAUCGGGCUGAUGUCUGCAAGUGCCUUACCAGUGAAACCCCUCAAAAAGUUCAUGAAUCCUCUAACUGAUGAUAAAUUACUGGCUAAGCUACCCCAAAGUGUUAGCACUAGGCAUGACAAGGCUAGCAAUUCCAGGCUGCGCAAGAGCAAUGCAAGAAGAAACCUCUCUGAAGAUCGUGGCAAGAGAAAAAUUAGAAAUUAUAGUGAAGAAAGAGUCAAGACUAAAGCUACUGACUUCUGCAUAACCAAUGCUAGAAAGUUUAACAACUAUGCUAACCGGAGCAAGAGUGGGCAUGAUCAGAACUCUCGAGACUGUGCAAGUUCAACAAAUGCUACAAGGGCCGGCACCUGUGUGAAUAGACCUUACGGAGAGAGAAGGAAAUAAAAGAGCGUACUCAGGAAACAAUCGCAGAGCCCCCCUCGACACUGGAAACCAGAUCAAACUUCCGAAGAUCAACAAGGAGAGCACUCGAAAGACAAACAGCUUCAGGAAAACCCACAAUAAAGGCCAUAUGGAUGAUAUUAGUUCAGAGAUAGAUAAAUAGAAAUGGUAUCUCCCUCUCUGAGACCCAAAAAGAAAGCAUCAAAGAGUCAAAUAUUUCAGAGCAUAAACCACUAGGUGUAGUAUCCUACUCUAAUUCAACUAGCAAGGAAAACUCAUAUUGCUCCAAAGUCAAGGAUGAGUAUAAGCUGCCUAAGGAUGAAGAGGAUGUGUACAAAAUUAUAUCAAAAGAAGUCUCGAUUAACUCCAAAGGGGCAGAUAAAAAGAAUAAAUCAAAAAAGAAGAAAGAAACCUCCCAGAAGGGAAUUUCAAUGAUUAAGAGUAAGAAGCCUCCUAAGGAUUCAAAGAAUUUGAAGGUUAGAUCUAAGAGGCAGAGUAUUGAUACCACAAACACUCAAAUACCCAGUGGGAAUUCUCAAGUUCCAAAGAAUAAUGAAGCUCCUAAAGAAUCUCAGAAAAGCAUCAAAGAAAAGGUUCUUCAUAAUGAAAAGCCAGUGGUCCCUUUGUCUCCUCUUCUUACUAUACUCGAGAAACAAGACAUCAAGAAGCUUGGUAAUAGUUUAGACUCGAAGGAAGUAAAUGACUCCAUAGGAGUAAUGGAGAUCGACCUUCUAUGCAAGUGCCUUUCACAUUUGAUCCUCAAGCACAUCGAAUUCUCACAAGGCAAGGUCCUCGUAGAUGACCUUGUUAAGGAGGAACAAGAUAUCCCUCUCUUCACAUAUGGUCUAGGAGCUAGGCUCGAAAUCAACCUUGAAGAGAUCCAAAGAGAAAUUCAGCUUAGAGAGUGGGAAGCACAAACGAAAAACGAAGAAAACUUCCAAAGACUUCAGCUCAUGAUGAGUGGAGAUAACCCAUACAUGUUCCACGAUCAGCAAGAAUUGGAACAAAUGCAAGAUCCUAACCUAUAUUAUCAUUCAGAAGAAGGGGGUAUUGAUUACGAAAGAGUGAAUACUAACCAAAUAGCAGUUGAAGAGCAGAAUUAUGAUCCUAGCCAAGGUAUUCCAGACUUAGUGGAUGUCAAUAGUAUACUUCAAACUGCUCAAAAUGACCCAAAUGUUAUACAAAAUGUGGAUAUUCAGAUCGAUCAAAGGUCGAAUUCUCAAGGGUGAAAUCUCCCUAUAGUCCAAAUGGGAGAGAUGCUCCAACAACCAAAUGGCACUCCAACAGGUAGCAGAGGAGGUAUAAAUUCAUAUUAUUCAAACCUAUCAAUGAUGGGUAACUACAAACCAUUUUUCUUCCCUCCUCCUGAUCUUGGGAUGGUAGAAAGCAUGGGGAGCUAUGAAAAUAGCUCAAGGUUCUUCAGAUCAGUCAGAUCUUCCAAUAUGAACAAAUCCUUCAACAAGAAUACAUCGAUUUGAGGCCUCAGAAACAGGAAGAAUACUACUGCUGAAGAUAUCGAUCAUGAAAGCCCUCUUAAAGAACUCCCAAAUUGUCACGAAGAAGAGAAAGGUCUUGAGAUUAGUGCUAAAAAGACUUUGGAAAAAUCUGAAGAACCAAAAGAAAAUUUCUCAGAUGUUAGCCUGAAAUCUAUCGACUCAAAUUUUAGUUCUAAUAAUCGCUUUCCUACUGUAAAUUCUGAGAGAGUCAAUGAACAAGAAGAAAUUCCGAGACAAGAUAUGGCUUGUGGGCCUACUGAGCCUCAGGAAGAUCUCUCAGAUGAGAACUCUCUAAACCUCUCUAACGAAAGUUACUAUAUGCUUGAAGAUUUGUCACGAGAAGGUUUACAGAAGUACCUCAAAACCUCGAUGCUAGUAUUUAAUGAAAAAUACUCAGUAAAAAAGAAAGAGAUCGAAGAAGAUAUUGAAGCCACUGAGCCAUCUUUCGAUCUCUGCUACAAGUACUGUAUCUAUGUCAUGACUGCUUGCAAGAUGGAGAAGGAGAUUCCACUCAUAGCAAUUCUGUACCUUGAAAGACUCCUACUACGCACUGGGAUCCUCAUGAACAGAGAUAAUUGGAGGAGACUUAUUCUCAUUAGUAUGGUCAUUUCCUCUAAAAUAUGGGAUGAUGACUCUCUCGAAAACGAGCAUUUCCCUGGAGUGAUGGAGGAUACAACAAUUCAGGAAAUCAACACCUUUGAGAGAGUCUUCUUGGAUUUAAUAGGCUAUGAUUUGAAUGUGCUAGGGUCUGAAUAUGCCAAAUAUUACUUCAUUUUCCGCACAUUUGCUCUGAGAAAUAACUUAAAAUUUCCUCUUGAGAACGUAAAGAUCCAGGAUGUUAUCAAGCAUCAUAGUACAGAAAGAGUAACAGCAGAUCUUAUCAGGGAAUUUAACCUAAAGAAUACAAAGCUCGAUCAGUCAAUCUAAAUUAUUUUCGUAAUAAUUUUUCAAUUUUA